UUGUGUGGUGGUGGUUUGCAUCGUUUUCAAACAUGGUUGUUCAUAUAUAUAUAAGUACAUGUGAGCAACGGCACAUACACAAAGCAACAUGCUAGUGCAAGUUUAUAACCUAAUGGCUCAUGGCUUCCUUCUCUUCCUCUUACUCUCUUGCAUUAUAUCCACAAAUAUUCAUGCCUGCAAGCAAACUGAACGCAGCUCCCUCCUGUCUUUUGCCUCCACUCUAUCUUCGCCUCCUUUAAAUUGGACAUGUCUUGAUUGCUGUCGUUGGAAGGGCAUCACUUGUGAUCAAGAUGGUUGGGUCACCCGUUUGCACUUACCUUCCAAAGGGCUCCAAGGAGGUAUCUCUCCCUUUUCACUUGCAAAUCUCACCCAUCUCACCCACUUGAACCUUUCCCACAAUUCACUAUAUGGUUCACUUGAAACUCAAUUCUUCUUGUCUUUGAAUCAACUUGAGAUCCUUGAUUUGAGCUAUAACCGUCUUUUUGGAGAACUACCACUUUCUCUUCCAUCUAUUUAUAUACGGACAGUUGAUUUGUCCAGCAAUCACUUCGUUGGUGCAAUUCCAUCUUCAUUCUUCCAACAAGCAAGCAACUUGACUAGUUUCAAUGUCAGCAACAAUAGCUUCACAGGGUAUGUCCCAUCCUCUAUUUGUCAACAACAUUCUUCUCCCUUCCUUAGGCUGUUGGAUUUUUCUUCCAAUGUAUUCAGUGGCAACCUUGCUCCUGGGCUAGGGAAGUGUUCCAAACUACAGGUUUUUCGUGCCGGUCACAAUAACCUCUCAGGAUUAUUUCCAGAAGAUAUUUAUAAUGCUACCGAACUUGAAGAAAUUGCAUUACCUCUCAAUUCACUACAUGGAGCCAUUAGUGAUAAAAUUGUCAACCUCACUAACCUCGCAACCCUUGAUCUCUACUAUAAUCAUUUUGGUGGUGAGCUUCCUCUCAAUUUGGGGAAGCUAUCUAAGUUGAAGUUUGUGACCUUUGAUUUCAACAAUUUAGAAGGUGCUUUGCCCCCAUCUUUGAUGAAUUGCAUAAACCUUGUAGAAUUGCGUUUGGGAUCCAACAACUUGGAAGGAGAUAUCUCCAUGCUUGAUUUUUCCAGACUUAGUCAACUUACUAAACUUGACCUAAGGGCGAAUAACUUCACUGGUACAGUUCCAAGAAGCCUUUACUCCUGUAGGUCCCUGAAAGCCAUUGGAUUGUCUGGAAAUCAUCUAGAGGGACAAAUAGAAGCUGAGAUUCUUUCAUUGAAAUCCUUGUCCUUCCUCUCUCUUGCUUUCAACCAAUUCACUAACCUCACAGGGGCAAUGAAGAUAUUGAUGAAUUGCAGAAGUCUUCACGCACUCUUGCUUAGUGGUUCCUUUGUGGGUGAGGGAAUGCCAUCUGAUGAUGACAUGGUUGAUUUUCAUGGAUUCCAAAAUCUUCGGCUCUUGGCUUUGGCUGGUUCUAACCUCACUGGUCAAAUACCUUUAUGGUUAUCAAAGCUCAAGAAUCUAGAGAUUUUGGGUCUAGGUUUUAAUCAAAUCACAGGGCCAAUUCCAAGUUGGUUGGGGACACUUCCUAGACUGUUUUAUAUAAGCUUGUCACACAACCGAAUUUCAGGUGAAUUUCCACAGCAACUUUGUCGACUACCAAGGUUGCUUUAUGAACCAAUUGCAUCUCAAGUAGACAACUAUGAAUUUGAAUUUCCUGUCUUCAGCACCAGCAUCAGCAUAGGGGCAAAUCAAACUUAUCCACAACAAAAAUUGUAUUUUUUACCAGGACGGAUAGAAGUAUCUAACAAUAACAUCAGUGGUUAUAUACCUGCUGAGAUAGGCCAAUUGCAGCUUCUCCGCAAGUUAGCUCUUGACUCCAACAACUUCUCCGGUAUCAUUCCAGACCAAAUAUCUAACCUAAAAAAUUUAGAGGUUUUGGACCUCUCCACGAAUCACUUGUCUGGAAUAAUCCCAUCAUCAUUGGCGAGUCUUAAUUUCUUGAAAGAAUUUAAUGCCUCAUACAAUAAUCUUCAAGGACCAAUACCAACAGGCACCCAGCUCCAAAGCUUCAACGCUUCUGUCUUUGAGGGGAAUCCAAAACUUUGUGGUGCCCCACUUCCAAAUAAGUGCAAACCAAGUAAGGGCAUUGAUGCAUAUAACAAGAACAAUAAAGACGUGGACAAUGGACUUCAUCAACUUCCGUGGUUUCAUAUUUUCGUUGCUUUGGGGUUCAUAGUAGGAUUUUGGGGAGUUUGUGGUUCUUUAGUUAUUAACAAGACAUGGAGAUAUGUCUAUUUUCAAUUCAUAGACAAUCUACAAGAUAGGCUCUAUGUGAUGAUAAGUUGAUAACAAUCCACAUCAACAUGAUGAAAAUAAGGCUUGGAGGCUAGAUAUAUAUUAUUAAUAUGUUGUACUUUUUAUUUUGCAUUUUCAGUUUGCUUUUUGUUUUUUGUUUUCUCCUUCUUUUGAAAGUAACUGGACUCAAAUUUAAAGGAUAUAUGUUGUUAUGUUCAUAAAGUUAUGGGGGAAUUUGUACUUAAUUGUAAUAACCCAAUCCUAAAUAAAUAUUUAAUUAUUAAUUUAUGUAAAUAAAAGACAAUUUUACCUCGGGAAUAUUUUAAUGGGUUAAAAGUUAACUUUCGGGAAGGAAUAUGGGGAUUUCAGUUGUACCGUUGCGUAGAGCAAGUCGAGAUGAGUCCGUAGACACAUAGUGGGCUCAAAUCGGAGUUAUAACGAAGAAUUUAUAAUCUACGGAAGCUCAAUGGCGUACUCGUAAAUUUAUUUCAAAGUUAAGAUUUUUUAAACCCAGAAUUCUUCUUCUCUGUCGCAAGCUUCACGAACAAUAGUUUUCAAACUCAAAUUUCUCCUCCGUCCAGCCACCAAUUUCUACGCCACAACUUGCAAACUCUUCAUCUUUCUCUCCUCUUCACAUCCAUACCAAUUUCCAGACCCAAAUUCAAGAGAAAAAACCAGAAAAUUGAUCAAAAGCAUAGCCAA